AUGGGAAACUGCAAUGGCUCGCCGUACGACGAAGACGGCAGAGGCUCUGGUGGCGGACCGGGCUCCUCCGCCAACAACGGCCUCAACAUCCAUCCUUCCCCAAAACCCGGCACCGAUCCGCCGCCAGAUCCGCCGGCGUCCGUUGACGCACAUCCCCGACCAUCUCAUCUUUUUUCAAAAGUCGGGCGUGUCCUCGGCCACCCGAUGGAAGACGUGAGAUCGAUCUUCAACUUUGGGCGCGAGCUCGGCCGCGGGCAGUUCGGUGUCACCCACCUCGUCACCCACAAGCAGACCAAGGAGGUCUUCGCCUGCAAAUCGAUCGCGACGCGGAAGCUGGUCACCAAGGACGACAUCGAAGAUGUCCGGCGCGAGGUGCAGAUCAUGCACCACCUGACGGGGCACCGGAACGUCGUGGAGCUUAAGGGAACCUACGAAGAUAGGUCCUCUGUGAAUCUUAUUAUGGAGCUCUGCGAGGGUGGGGAGCUCUUUGAUCGCAUUAUCGCCAAGGGACACUACUCCGAGAGGGCUGCGGUGGCGCUGUUCAGGGAGAUCGCUACCGUUGUUCACAACUGUCUCUCGAUGGGGGUGAUGCACCGAGAUCUGAAGCCGGAGAAUUUCCUCUUCCUGAACAAGAUGGAGAAUUCUCCACUCAAAGUCACUGACUUCGGGCUGUCCCUAUUUUUCAAACCUGGUAUCGUUCCAUCACACAGCGAAUUGGCAAUUGUUGGGAAAAUAGGGUUAAUUUCUGCUUCGGUCAGGAUCACUAAAUUAUUGCAUUGGCCUAGUAUCAGUAAAGGAAUCUGUCACGAGACACAUCCGACUUUUAACAGAUUAUUGUGCAUGUGUGUGCUCAUAUUUUGUUGACCACUUUGUGAAGAAUGCUUCUCCUGUACCGUUUUCUCCUGGCUUUUCAAUCCCUUCAUCAGUUCAUCAGUUUUUCUACUUUGAAGUUUCAGAUCUGUCUGUGGAACCCAUGUCUACUGCUGCUUAAGAGAUGGGCUGAUGCUGACAACCUAUCAUCUUGUGAUUUGGUUUUCACUAUGGUUUUCUUGUAUCCAGAGUAUUACCUUAAGAGGACGCUCCAUUACCCACCCAUUAGCAUAUAACAGGCAUUCAAAGCACUCUGGCAUACUGAAGCUACAAGUAGUUGUUUGUGACCGUUUUCGAACUUUUAUUUUCUAUCUUGCCUACUCUAGUCUUUUGAUGAUAUUGUUGGACGCAUGUCGAUUAAUGGAAUUUUACAUGUUUCAUGGAUGUAGGAGAAGUGUUUAAAGACCUAGUAGGCAGCGCAUAUUAUGUGGCACCUGAAGUCCUGCGACGCCACUACAGUGCAGAAGCUGAUGUUUGGAGUGCCGGAGUGAUACUCUAUAUUCUUCUAUCUGGAGUCCCACCUUUUUGGGGAGGUUUAUUUAUUAUCUAAAGUUGAUAGAUACUUGAUACUUACAUUAAAAUUUUAAAAACUCUUUUAUCAAACAUCAACCUUUUUUUCUGACAGAGACUGAGCAGGGAAUAUUUGAUGCCAUUUUAUUGGGCGAGCUAGACUUCUCACACAAGCCUUGGCCUUCAAUUUCUAGUACUGCCAAGGAUCUAGUGACGAAGAUGCUAAAUCCAGAUCCUAAGGGACGCAUUACUGCAGUCGAUGUUCUGAGUAAGAAUUCAGGAUAUCAUUUUUGCAGUUUGCAGUGCCUUUCUUAAAAUGUGAUAUUCUCUCUUGCAAGUCAAAUCAGCUGUAAAACCUCAACCUGAUAUUUUUCUGGUCGUUUUGUUCUAUUAUCCAAAUUGUAUGGCUGGGCCAUGCUCUAUGUGGUCUCAGUCCCCUUCUAUUUUUAAUACAAAAUUUAGAUAGCACUAUACCGUGCAGGCAGUUAUCAUAUUGCAGAUUUCUAGUCUCUAGAAAUCUGUCAUACGUUAUCUGUCUUUGUUCGUCUGACAUCUCAUCUUUUUGCUGUAAGGUCACCUUCGUUAUCCGUUUUAUAAGUUGAACUGAUAUGUGUUGCGUUCUUGUGGGAGUAUUACACUUUUUCUCUCCAUUAAGCGCUAGAUCAAACUGGGUUUCUGGAUAUCCUCCUAGAUCUUUCUCUUCUGAUAUUAUUCUCUAAUUUUGUCUCAAAAAAACGCAGAUCAUCCCUGGAUGAGAGAUGGGGAGGCAUCGGAUGAACCAAUCGAUAUUACUGUGCUGACUAGAAUGAAGCAGUUCCAGGCAAUGAACAAGUUUAAGAAAGUAGCUUUGAAGGUGCUUAAUCUACAUUCGCUAUUUAGUUGUGUAUAUCCUUGAUACCAUCAUAGUGGUUAGACUUACCUUCUGCUCAAAGACGGGAGUUUCAGAUAACUUUUUCCGUUUUUUUUUUUUAUGUAGGUAAUUGCUGAGCAUCUCUCUGAGGAAGAAAUUAUUGGAUUGAAAGAGAUGUUUAAAUCUAUGGACACUGAUAACAAUGGAACAAUUACGUAUGAAGAACUAAAAACUGGUCUCCGAAACCUGGGAACUAAGCUUUCUGAAUCAGAAGUAUACCAGUUGAUGCAGGCGGUAUGAUCUCAUUGUUAACCUUUUACUUUAGUUGAAGCCUAAUGAUGAAAAAUUGCUUGUUGAGUUUCUAAAGUUGCCUCCGCUCAUAUCACAGUUUUUUUUUUCUCUCAUUUAUGAUAAAUGCCACAUGAUAAGGGAAAGGGGUCUUCCCAGUUGGGCAUUCAAAGGGGAUUGGAAGUCCUUCAUACAAUACAAUAGGCUGGCUUUAGGACUAGAAUAGUCAAUAGUCCUUCACGUGAUUGCAUGGGAUGACAGUUUUCUCAGGGUAGGAGCGAGGCUGUAUAGAUUUUUCUACCAUUUUCUGUGAACACGAGCAUUUGGCAAAUAUCAUAACUCGUGAUUUAACUCUUUCCUUCUAGUUAUAUUAAGUCUAGCUGUUCAUGACAUUAUGAGGAUAGUUUUUCAUCGUAAAGUUUGUCUCUGAUUUUAAUUAUAUAUGAUGAGAAAUUGAUGCUUUGAACAAACCUUCCCCUUGGGAAACAUUUUUUUUUUCAUCUCACUUUUCAAUCACAGGAACAAACAUAAAAUAAAAUCUGAUCUGGAAUGAUUUUUCGUGAAAAAAAAUAAUUCUUUGUGGAUACUAAUAUAAAACUAUAAUUACAUCCAUGGAAAAUAAGACUGUUUAUAGACUGAUAAUGGUAAAAUAGUGAUCUUGAUGUAGCAGAAGAAAUAAGACCAGAGCCAUGCAAAUCCUUUGCUUCUGAUUAGGAUGAGCUGGGUGAUAGCCUGCAUAGGGUGGUGUCUUUUUUAACAGAAAGGUAGCAAAAAAGCACUUAACCUCCAAGGUCUAGUAGGCAUAUUUGUCAAGCUAUCAAAGGGCAGAAACUUCUGCUUCUGCAUUUAAGUAUUUUUGUCUUCAGCAUUUACUCAGUUUGUCAUUCCAUUUUUCGUCCUUAAUAGCGACCUUUUUUGUGUUUAAUUUCAGGCUGAUGUUGAUGGAAAUGGGACCAUCGAUUACAUAGAGUUUAUAACGGCCACGAUGCAUAUGAACAGAAUGGACAGAGAGAACCAUUUAUACAUGGUGUUUCAAUACUUUGAUCGAGACAAUAGCGGGUAGCUUUCACCUCUCAUGGGGACCAACAGCCUGAAACUUACGCCUUUGUCAGUUUAAAAUCGGUUGCAUGUGCGUGCUACACACAGGUACAUUACAAAGGAGGAACUGGAGCAGGGGCUCAAAAAGCAUAAUAUGGGUGAUGGAAAGGCAGUUUCGGAGAUAAUCGCAGAAGUGGACACAGACCAUGUAAACAUCCUUCACACAUUGCUAUUUAUGUUUGCUUAGUAAUCAUGGUCAUCCAGUGAUUGCUAUUUCAUUUGACUAAUAAAUGCUUUCUGUUUGCACUAUGAUAAUUGCAAAAGUGGUCGUUGACAGAUAUAUAUAUAUAUAUAUAUAUAUAUAUAUAUAUGUAUAUAUAGGUGUAACCUAGAGAUUAAAUAUUUUAUAAUCCAGACUGGAUGAUCUUGAUAAGGAAAUGGUGAUUGCUUAUCUCUACUAUCAGAUGGUUCUUUUACUUUUAAAUUUGGUGUAGGCCGGUAACAUCUGAUAGAGAGAGACGAGGAUCUAGAUAAAGAGGAAGGUUAUUUAACUUAUGCAGGAUUGUUUUAGAAAUAACUUAAGAUGAAGGGAUCCCAAUAUGCAAAGUAUUUCCAAGUUGUGUGGAGGAUCUAGAUUAGGCACCUAAUACAAUCGUUAUGAUACUCAGGCAUCUUUUGAGAAUUUUAUCCAGAAAACUGUUGGGUAGGCUGCAGCUUCUCUGGGGCUUCAGAGCUCUCAUGUUACCAUGGUGAUUUUGUGCCCAAGAAAGUUUAUGAAAAACAGCAGAUUGAGCUACUCCCGACUUUUCAGCUUGCUCCAUAGGACCAGAUAAAUUCAGUGGUGGAGCAGAACUGUGCUUAGUCAGUCGAAGAGUCAUUGCAUUUCUAGCUUACUUCAGUAAAUAGAAUCAUCUAUCCUGGAAGCUCCUCGAAGGGGAGGAUUGGAAUUCCUUCCUGUUUCAAUUUCAGGGGUCGCUAUUGUGUAAAGCACCCUGCUUCUGUUUCAUAACCACUGAAUAUCUAAGAACAUGAUGAUCAUAUCUUCUAAUGCGGUUAGAUGAUUCUGUAGGCCCCAUCAUUUCACUUAGAAUGCUUUGUAUUCUCCUCUGUCAUUGCUCCUACGUUGUUGAUACUUCUCUUCCACUGCUGAAGUUGCAGAGCUGGAGAUGUUGUCGUGGCGAGCUAAGCUUUCACCAAUGUUGUCCAAUCCUUGGCAGACUGUGACUUCGUCUGCUGCUUUCCCCGAACUGCUUGUGUUCUUUUUUUCUGUAGUUUCGGUGGUGGUUUACUUUCCAGUUCUGAACAUAGAAAUAUCUUAAUCUGGUGAUCCACCGGAUUUAAUGCUGUUUUUUUUUUCAUGCGCAGAUUAUUUAAGAUAGAAUAAUGCAAGUUCUUCUUUAUUUGUUGGAAUGCAAGAAAGAACAGCCGCAUUUUAUUUUUUCUCUCCUUUCAUAAAUGCACGUUACCUGAAUGAUUCUCACUGCAAGGGGGGAUACAAAUUUUUAUUUUUAUUUUUAUUUAUUUAUUUUUCUUGGAAUGGAAGAAGAUUAUAGUCGAAGUAGAGAAUUGGGCAGCCUGAUUUAUCUUUGGUUGCUGUUAAACUGUUUACCCCCCCUGGAUGAUCUCUAAUACCAGAGAGUGCGUAUUCUUUCACGCACUUUAUCAUCGUUUUAUUUUUUUUAUUUUUAAUUUUUACUAUUUUAUUUUUACAAGGUAACAUUAUGAACAAUAAUCAGAAUUAUGCGAUGAUCUUGGAAACAAAUCGAUUCUUAAAACCAUGCGAUGAACAAACACGCUGCUGUUGUCUUCGUUUCUCGUUUCCUUCUCACGCAUUCCAUCGUCGAUCUGAAAAUCUGCAGGAUGGACGGAUCAACUACGACGAAUUUGUGGCCAUGAUGAGGAAGGGUGACCCUGAGCCGGACCCGGCGCGGAAGAAGAGAUAA